AUGCAUGCAGAAUCUAGACAGGUGAAUGCCACAAUGAGGAAGUGCACGGAAAUGGAAUACAUGUGUCGUCUUUACAGCAUACAAUUAAUAGAGCAAAGAGAAAGAAUAAACAAAAUAAAAAAAAAAUUAAAUUCGUAUAACCAAAACAUACAAGAGCAAGAAAAUAUUCUCAGUCAUUUAACAAAGUACACUGGUGGAUUUUUAAAUAAUGUCAUGACGUUCGUUGAAAAUUUUACAAACUCUAAAAGGCUUGGAAUGUUAGGUAGUUGUGCUAGGUAUUGUCUCGUGGACGACAGGAAUGAAAUAAAUGUGAAAGAAGGGAGAAAGUCAAAGGGUGCAAAACGUGAUAAGAAUGGAAUGAAUAUGCUGAACGGAACAACCAACUGUCACUGCAAUUGCAGGUACAAGCAAAUAAAUUCCAAAAAAUGUGUCAGCAACCAAUGCCAGAAUACCAUUGUGUACAACAAAACGAGUUUUUAUGUAGAGGAAAAUGCUAAUAGAAAGAAAAACAAAAAAAGUAAAAGUAAACUUAAAAAAGGAUUGAAAAAGAAAUAUUUGCAAUUAACUGAGAAUAUAUAUAACCUUCAUAAACCAUACGACACAGUUGAAGUGAAAGACUUGUAUGACAUUUACAGGAAACAGAAAUCAACAUAUUGUGACCAUUAUUACAUAAAUUGA